ACGUCCCCGCCGCCUCUACCUGCUUACUGGAAGUCCCGCCCGCCGGAGCGCUUAAAAGGCGCCGCUUCGCCCCGUCCUCACAGAGCUGUUGAGAACUUUGUUAAACAGUUGUGUUAUUUGUGUUACUGAAUUUCCGAGCAGCAAACAUGGGUAAGAUCAACACCUGCCUCAAAAGCGUCUUCACCGUCUUCAACAUUUUCUUUGCGAUCGUUGGUGGGAUCAUCAUCGGCCUCGCCCUGCUGGCUGAGUUCUCCACCAGCAUUCAAGGAGGAGAAAAUCUGACGGGUCGGACCACCGGCCUGUUCGUCCUCUAUAUCGGGGGCGCCGUCACUCUGCUGAUCGCCGUCCUGGGAGCCUACGGAGCCCACACGGAGAGCAAAUGCUCCCUGGUCAUGUUCCUGGUGUGCAUGGUCCUCGGAUGUCUGGUGAUGCUCAGAUACGCGAUCCCUGCUGCCGUCAUACGUCCUCAGCUCGAAGGCAUGAUGGAGGAGCAGUUCCGGCAGUAUCUGCCCCUGGACCAGUCUACAGACAACAUAAAGAACAUGGCUAACAACUUUCAGAAAAACUUUCACUGCUGCGGUCUGUUCAGCCACUCGGACUGGAACGAGAUUCCCGACUCCUGUCUGUGCGAUGAGGAGGAACAGGAGGAGGGCGAGUGCCAGAACAUCGGCUACAGCGAUUUCAUGCUGCAGAGGUCCAUCUACUCCAAGACCUGCUUCCCCAUCAUCAUGUACUACGCCCUGUUCGCCGUCGACAUCACGAUCGGAGUCGUCUUCACUCUGGCUAUCCUAGCCCUCUUCGGCAUGAUUCUCUCCUCCAUCAUGAUCCACCAGAUCCGUUACACCAACCAGCCCACCAUCCUGCUGACGGUGCCCACCAUCUUCUCCCCACAGCCACCGAAGUACGAGGAGCUGCACAACCCCCCGCCGUACUAGAGGGAGGAAGCUGCACCUCUCUGCUCGGUGCGAGGGAUCCAGGAGACCUGUUAGUUUUAUUUUCUUGAAUUUUAAAAUGAAAUAUGCAGCUUGAAGUUUGUGCCUGGGGUGCCUUACCCCUCUGUGGGGACGCCUGACUGUCGGAGUCAGUGAAAACUUAAUUUUAUGGAGCCUGAAAAAUGCUUCUGCUUUUCUGAUUUCCUGCGCUGUCAUUCUCUUUGAAAACUCAUGUUGCCAUUUUAAAGUUCAGCUCUGACUCAUUUCUUACAACCUCCUCAAAUAGAUUUUUAACAAACAUCCUGCUCACCAAAGACAUCCGGAGCCAGUGAGGCAUAAAAAUGCAGUUUGAAUGAAUUUGAUUUUGUCACUUAACAUCCAAAAUCCAUCGCAGGAAAAAGCUCAGACCUGAGUGCACACAGAGGACUGCCGGGAAUGGCAGGAAGAUUGAUUAAUAUGUUUAUGGAUUAUUUUCUCCUUCACUUCAAACUGUUUGAGGACCAAAGGCUUAAAGUCAGUUUGGAUCUUCUAUCGUUGAACGAUGUGACUCAGACUUCUUCAGCAUCAAGUUUUGUUUCUUGGCUGCAGGUUUUUUUUAUGGCCCUCACUAAAACUGAAUGAAAGCUUAUUGUUGAUUUCACAAAUGCAGCCGGAGGCCUUCAAACAAAGUGUUUUUUCCUCUCCUGAUGAUGUCAUGUGUGGAUCUGAUGUUUGUUUUUGUGUGUUUCUUACAUAUUCUAUGAAUGUAUAUAAACCUGUUUGAUUAGUUGGUUUCUGUUAACUGCAGUUAAAUCAAACCUCAUUCUUUUUUUGGCCACAUGUUAAACUUGUCAGAGUAAGUUGAAGCCUUUAUUUUGAAAGCUGAGCACUGUUGAUAGUGUAUUUUUAAAAAAGUUUCUUCAGCUGUUUAGAAAGGAAAAUAUUAGUUUUAUAUUUGGGCUCUUUUGUAUUAUGUUUGAUCUUCUGCUGUAAACUUCAGACUUAUAAGAUUAAAAUCAUCUGAAAAAUCA